AUGAAGUUCGUCGCUAUCUUGGCAGUCACUGCAUCUGUUGUCACCGCCUCUGUAGUUCAGCGUUCCGGCACUCCUAUGACGCAAGCUGCAGCACAAGCUAAGCUUCAGUCUGCUGGCAUAUAUGCGUCCUCCUCUGGCGGAUGCACGACCAAAUCCAACCCCACGUGUACGUCAUACGACGGGAUUCUGAGUGGCACUGUAGAUAAUGUGAUCACUCUCAAAAAUGCCUGCGGUUGUGCUAUAACCAUAACUGGUGGGACCGAGACUGGUCAUGCAAGCGGAACCUACAGCCACGCGAACGGAUACAAAGUCGAUAUUCGUCACGCAUCUGGGAUUGACGCUUAUGUCAAGAACUCAUUCACUAAGAUUGGGAAUCGAGGCGAUGGAUAUCCUCAGUGGAAAUCGGCAGCAGGAAACAUUUAUUGCGACGAAGGUAGCCACUGGGAUGUCACUUACUACUGA